CUCAGUGACGGUAAUGUCUCGUGCCUCUGUGAGACACGCCGGGGAUAAACUAUAGGAAAAGGAGGGAAAGUUGACCGCUGAGUCAUUCAAUUUCAGGGUCUCCCCGGUUCCUGCGAGUUGGAAGAGGAGGCUGGUAGAGAAGAUGUUGAAGUUGGAAAGUGUCUUUUCCAUUGACGAGUUUGAUGUGGGUUGUUCCACGAGCACUUGUCACACUAUCCGAGUGACUGAAGAUACCCCGUUCAGAGAAAGGUAGCGACGACUGGCCUCUGCGGAGAUGGAAGACAUUCUGCAGCAUUUGUGUAAGUUGAAGGAAGCUGGGAUCAACACCGAGUCCUGAAGCCCCUAUGCAUCCCCAAUAGUAGUGGCCCGAAGGAAGAAUGGGAAGGUACAGAUGUGUGUGGACUAUAAGAUUCUGAACAGGCAUACCGUCCCUGACCAGUAUACGGUCUUGAGGAUUGAAGAUGCAUUGGCCUGUCUGAGGGGUGUGAAGUGGUUCAGUGUGCUGGACUUGAGGAGUGGAUAUUAACAGAUCCCCAUGAGUGAGGCCAAUAAAGAUAAAAUGGCAUUUAUAUAUCCACUAGGAUUUUUCCAGUUCGAAAGGAUGCCCCAGGGCGUCUCAGGAGCUCCUACAACCUUCCAGCGGGUCAUGGAGAAGAUGGUGGGGUAUAUGAACUUGCUUGAGGUAUUGGUGUAUCUGGAUGACCUCAUAGUGUUUGGGUCCACCUUGGAAGAACAUGAAGCAAGUCUGCUGAAGAUGCUGGCAGUCUGAAAGCUGAAGGGUUAAAACUUUGCCUGGACAAGUGUCAGUUCUGUCAAAUGUCUGUUAGCUUUGUUGGAUACAUAGUCUCCUGGGAUGUGGUAGCUACAGAUCCAGCUAGCAUUGAGGUGGUUACCACUUGGCCAAGACCCCAGACUGUGAGCACACUGCGCUCAUUCCUCGGGUUCUGUGGUACUGUGUGAUAGGCUACGCCAAGGUGAGCCACCAUUUGAAUCAGCUUCUGUGUGGUUACCCUCCCUUGGGGAAGAAAGGGAGGGGGAGAAAAGGACAGCAGGGUGAAGAGCAUCUUAGCCUGUCAGAGCCCUUUGGAUUGAGAUGGGAUGCAAAUUGUGAGGAGGCCUUUCAGUUGCUGAAGGAGCUGCUGACCCAGGUGCCGGUGCUGGCUUUUGCAGACCCCCGAUUGCCAUAAGUACUGCACAUGGAUGCCAGCCGAGAGGGUCCUGUAUCAGGAUCAGGGAUCCAGUUUGAGGCCCAUUGCAUUUGUCAGCCAGAGUCUGUCACCCUCUGAGAAAAACUAUCCCACUCACAAGUUGGAGUUCCUGGCGUUGAAAUGGGCGGUGGUGGAUAAGCUGAGUGACUACCUCUACGGGGCCAAGUUUGAGGUAAGGGUGGACAACAACCUCUGAACUUAUAUCCUGACCUCGGCGAAACUGGAUGCCACAGGCCAUCAGGGGUUGGCAGCAUUGUCUGCCUGUGAUUUCAGCCCAAAGUACUGGCCAGGAAGCUGGAACAUUCACGUUGAUACUUUGUCCUGAUGGGCACAUGAGUGAAUGGUCAGGGAUGAGGAGUGGGAGAGUGUUCCUGCCCCAGGGGUGAAGGCCACGUGUCAGUUUGCCAUCAUUGUGAAGAUAGAGGAAAAGGAGGGGCAGGAACGAGCGGUGGAUCAUUUGGGGGCUUCUAAUGAUGCCAUCUUCCAAGUUUAUUGUAACCUGACUGCUCUAAAGACAAAUCAGCUGCCAGAAUUGAGUUCUGGGGAAAUGGUUGCUGCUCAGCGAGAUGAUCUGGGCAUAGGUACCAUUUGGACAGCGGUUGAAAAGGGAGACAUGGCCCAGGGAAAGAGGACGAAACAUACGUCCGUGCUCUAUUACUACGAGAAUGGCCUCAGGUGGAGUUGAAGAACCAGAUCUUAUACCGGGACACGUCACCCCAAGUCGAGGACAACUCCCUGUCAUCCACAGGGAGUGUGCUAGACAUGCUCGGGACCUAGAGAUCAGCAAGAAGAGUAGGUGCAGUCAACAUGUUGGACAUUUGGUUCACUGUAACAAUUGUACAAUUGCACGUGGUACUGAACCUAGUAACGGAGCUCAGAAAAAGUCUGAGGUAUUUGAUUCAGUGGAACGGGAUGGCCGUCCUUGUAGGUCAGAUAGACUUGGUUCAGUGGGAAAAGAGUUAACCUUGGUAACUGUGGGAAGUGAGAGUUCCCAGGUGUUUGUGCUCCAAGGUGUGUUCAAAGUUAAUGCAGAAUUUAAGAAUGGGGGGAUAAGGAUUAUUAUUGAAGGAAAUGGAAAUUCUGUAGUUCCCAAGUCUAAUGAAGAAAUGAAGCCCGGAGAUAGCGGGGCCUCCCACUCUAUUGUUAUGCCAGGAUGUGGUGUGAAGAGGCCCAAUUCGAAAUGCUGCUUGAACAAAGAGUUCGAAUUAAAAACCAAUAGCCUGAAGGGUCCUGAGGAGAGGGCUAGCCACCUGUGUAAAAUUAAAGAAUUGGGUGGAAAUGGUCUAAGUUUGGGACACCUGUUGAUAAAAUAACCCCUAUGAAAAAGGUAGGCGGGUGUUUACCUCGCCAGAUUACUCAAGUUCCCCACAUGGGAACUCACCGGAAAAGAGGCGACAGUUAAUGGGGAUGCCAUUUUAAAUAGCAAAACAGGUUGUGCGGGAUUUCGCCAAAGCCUGUGAAUAAUAAAGACAACCCCCUUGGAAGUGUGCCUGUUAAGUGAAAAUGACCGAAACGAUUAGUAUUCACAUAAACUUUUGUAGAUGCACAUAAGCUAAGAUCACAACUCCUUAGUAUAGUUGCUAAAAAAAAAAUAGGUGGUUAUUAAGUUGAAGUCUGAUGCUACAAGACUUUAGUAAGGUACAAGAUGUUAAAAUAUUAAAGGAAAUGCCACUGUAAUCAUUAACCGUUUGGAUGCUGAAUUGAAUGUAUCACUGUAUUACUCUGUAGAAAAAAAAACUUUUGUAUUCUAAAACCCUGUAAGACUCUGUACUACUUUGUUUCACCGCUGGUGAAAAAGCUUUGAAGAAAGGGGGUGUUAUGAAUGCACCACAGCUCUGAGGGGCCGAAGGAUGCGGGGCAGCCCCUUCCUUUGUGAGAAUCGCAAGAGCAUUAUUGGGUUGUGUCAGAGGACCCAGGAAAUGAGAGAGAGAGACCUGGCCAUUGUCUCCUGGAGACAACGUUUGUGGAUUGGGGACUAUGCUACGUGCAAGCCCUCGGGCAAAGUGGGCUGGUUGAGAGGGAUUGCAUCAUCCCAACCCGAUUGACAUCUGAGAACCUGUGAGGAAGUAUAAAAGAGGGUCUGGGGGAACAACCCCUUUCAGAUGCACCAGAAGAAAUGCUAGCGAUCCCGUAAUAGCGGGAAGCCGUUUGAAGGAAGCCACAUGCGUUCGGUUCCCUUGCCUGGGGGCUGGUUGCUGGUGGCUGGUACCACGGAAAACCACUUGGAACUAACAACGGGGAACCAACUCCCCAGACGGAACGGAUUGGCCUCAUAAAAGUCCCGGGCAAGUUUAAAACCGUCUCUCUUAAACCCAAAAGCUGCAGCUUGAAAGGACAGUGACUUUUAUCUUUCCAUCGGACAAUACAAUAUCCCCUAGACAAAUGAUAGAGCUAUUGCUUAAUUGAUGAUUAUUAUUAUACCAGCGUUUUUCGAUUGAGUAUUGACGACGUAUUUUAUCCGAAUGUCUGUAUUAAUCUUAUUUUUGUGCCCCUUUAUAAAUAAAGACUUU